GGCGAGGGUUACAGUUGGGGUUUAGGGUUAGAGGUGAGGCUUACAGUUGAGGUUUAGGGUUAGAGUUGAGGAUCAUGGCCAGGGGCGGACUGACAACUCAUGGGGCCCCCGGGCAAUAGGGGAUCCUGGUUCCCCUGUGUCCUUGCCCAAACUCAAAAAAAAAGCCUAUGAAAAAGGUACCAGGAGCAUCUCAUGGGGGCCCUCUACUGACCCCGGGCCCUCAGGCAGUGCCCGAGUUUCCAAUGGUCAGUCCACCCCUGGUUAUGUCUUGGGACACUGCCAUGACCAUCCACUGGCAGGACAUUUUG